AUGCCUGAUCAGAAUCAGUCCUUCCGGCGAUUGCUCCCUGCCCCCAAAGCUGCGAUACCAGCUUUAUCGCGUCUUGCGCAACCCCCCGCAAGAAAACGCCCGGCCGUCACCAAGGUUGCUUGCAACGCUUGUCGGUCCAGAAAGAAGGCUUGUGAUGGCAAAAGACCUUCUUGCUCGUCAUGCGUUGAGCUCAGCUCACCAUGCAUCUACAUCAGUGUCGACGAGAAAGAGACACCUGUUAUGGCACUCAAGCGCGAAAAUCAGGCUCUUAAGAAGGAAAAUGAGACUAAGAAGCGCCAGAUCGAGGCACUCCUGGCACGGCUCAACUCAAUGUCAUCGGAAGCCCGGUCACAGACCAUAAAAGGCAUCAACUUUCUCACAGACCCCAACGUUGCUCUCCGCACUACCAGGCCAUCAGAGCCAAACCCUCUGGAGUUUUUACCGCGCCUUCACACCAAUGUUGAGUUCGAGCUUAUGAGGAAAUACCCGGCUGCAUAUCCUCUCCUGAGAGAUAUGCCACAGCCUGCGAACCCCGAAAGUGAAGACUUUAGACCGUCCAAAAUGCGGCGGAUUACAGAGAUGACCGAUUCAGAAUCAUCCUCACCAGAGCCUAGUGCAACUCCUGCCAACCUCACAAGGACCGGAUCUUCUUCUUACGGCGCUCCCAACGAGCAGGCGCUGCUGCGACCAAUCAGCUCGAGUUAUUUUGAUUUUUCGACCCAAAACGUACAUCCACCGGUUCGCGCAGAUCCACGCUUGAAGGAUCUAGAUAUCACGUACUGGACUGCGGUGUCUAUUCCCAGUGAUGUUGCUGCACAGGUCAUCUCACUCUAUCUCGAGACUGAUCAUGCAAUCCUAGGUUUAUUUGAUCCUGACUUGUUCAUACAUGAUCUUAUUCAUUUCGAACACCGCUUUUGCUCUCCUUUGCUUGUCAGCGCUCUCCUCUCAUUUGCAUGCCAAGCGUACGCAACUUAUCACUCAGCCGCCUCUGGUUGGAGUCACGAGUUGCAGGCAGAGGCCGACAGACUUUGGCGUGCAGACAAAGAAGACUCGCUCACCAGCAUUGCCGCUUUAGCAUUUCUGGUUCAGUCUGCAGGGUGCAAUGGCGACGGCGAGCUCGAUGUUCAGUACAUCAAGGACACAGUUGCUAUGGCUAAACGGAUGAAGCUUUUUGGUACUCCGGAUACAUGUACCGCAACUGAUCUAAACAACCUGACCGAAGAAGAUGCAAGGGCUAAGGUCCAGGCUGCUUGGGGAGUUUUCGGCACUCUGUGCUUGGCAGCGCAGUUCUAUCUUCCAGCUACUACCGAGUACCCUCCAACACUUCCCAUUCCGGGGAGGGGCUCAAAAGUCGGCGGUUGGAAAACAAGCGAGAACACAAACACCAGUCGUAGUAGCAGCCCUGAAGCUUUUCUUACCCCAGAACCAUCUCCCUCCCGUCGGAAAAGAGAACAGCUUACACCCGCUUCCGAGACUUUUGCGGCCUUAUGUGAGUUAUGGGCUAUUGCAUCCCGAAUAACGUGGUAUUAUCAGCAUGAUACAGGCCCUGGACGAGCAUCUCAAGGGUUCGCUCUAGGGAAAUACCACAAGCUGCUAGCUUGGGCAGCCAAUCUGCCCGAAAGCAUGACGCGUAGCAAGCAUAGCCCUGGCCAUGUACUCUUUUGUCAUAUGUGCUUUCACGGCACGGUUCUCUAUCUGUUUAGGCCUUUGAUCCCUACUGAUAUGCAACAUGGUAUCAAAUCGUGGUCGCCGUCGGCGCCUCCUUUCCCGUCAAUCUUUGCCGCUUCAUUAGAGCAGCUCAAAGACCUGGUUGAUGUCUACAUGACGUUACCAUCUGGAAGAAAUUCUAUCUUUUGGCAUACGGCACUGAUGCACGUGGCAAAUGCGGCAGCUAACGAUACGAGCGAUCCGGAGUGGAGGCAUUACUUCCUUAAGUGUAUUUAUGCCUACCUAGGCCUGUACCGCUCAUUUGCGGUUGCCGGAGUGAUUGCGAAAGGCCUUCUUGCAAUGGCGGUGAAACGAGGGGCGCUAGGGACUGCAGAGGGAUAUGCGCUGUUGCAGGAGCUCAAAGCGACCAAGAAUCAGAGGCAGCUAGAGGCUGCAACUGGAUUAUUUGUGACGGAUCUAGACCUUGCCGUGACGGAUCGCGAGGCUGCAAGGGUGGACCGGCUGAUCGAGGAGUUUGAGGAGUUAACUCUAUUAGAGGAGUUUACGGUUGGGGUAACUUGA